CUAGGCUAAUAGAAGAUUUUUUUUUUUACAUUGCAUGAAGUACUUUCUAACUCUAAAUGUAUCACUUCAAAAAUUGUUUGUUACUACAAGCUGCUGAAUACAAGUCUCUCAAAUAGCCUUAUGUCAGGUAGAGAUUUAUAGAUCAUAAUGAGCACUUGAAUCAUACCUGGAAGCACACUGGCAACAAGUGCGACAAGGGGUGUCAGAUGGACCUGCCAAAGGAUGCAUUUGCAGUUAUGAUCAUCCCAUUGCAUCUCUAUGAUGAUGUGAUUGCAGUUUGGGUGCUUGGCAACUGCUUUGUGUUUACAGCUGGUUACAGCAUCCCGAAGUCAUGGGAUCACGGUUUAUAAAUUUUUGCCAAUUUUCAACAAAAACAUCCACUUGGGAAGCUGGAUUUACUUAAUGACAAUGUGGGUUGUUGAACGACCAUGUGGUUAGCUUAGCAACCAUGGUGAUUUGCUUAAUAACCAUUAUAAAAACAGUCAAAACAGGUCUAAUUUGACUUAUGAUGCAAUAACGUACAACAGAAAUUUUUCGUCCCAAUUGAGGACUACUUGUAAAUGUAGAAAAUCUAGAAAAUGUUAUCUUCCCAAUCAUUCAUUUAACAGUACCCUAGAACCCAGACAAGCUACAAAGCUUUUGCUCCAGUGAUAGUUUUUUUAAUUUACUUUUCAAUUUUAAGUCCAAUAUCCAUUCCUCUUACCUGGAAAAAUUUUCUUUUCUUGGACUUCUGAAAUAACUUAAGUUUUCCCAGAUCCAACAGGCUAGGGAUACCAUGGAGACAUUUUAUCUGUUGGUUGCUUCCUCACAUAAGAUCAUUUUAAUGCAUGGAGAAGACAAACAAUCACACACCUUUAGAUGUGUAAUGGUAACUGAUUGCAGUGUCUCUCUGUUUGUUAAAACUCCUUCCUUAUCUUUCUGCAUCAGAGAAUUUUGUAAAUAGAACAAAUCUGCUUCUGCACUAUUUGUGCGUCCCUUCCAUUUCAGCCAAUUAGUUGAUUUUGUCUGAAGCUUUUAACUGGCAGAACUUUGAUCCCCCAUAUAUCUUCCGAUAUCUCUCUACAAAGCGAAGAGUAUCAUCAAUUUUGCAAGAGAAACAAACCGACCACAAAGAUGUUGGGACAGACUAGCCAUCAGUUUGAAGAAAAUCGUCUGUCCAGAGAGGAUUGUAGCUACUAGGUCUUCACUUCUUGCUGUGACUAAACAGUUUGGUGAUUGGAAAGCAUGUUUACUACUGAAGACUUGAUACAGAUUGCAUAUGCAAUGCGUAUCAAAGCCUAAUAUAUUUAUCAGUUUACAGUAAACAAGAUGUCAACUAUUUAUGCAGUGCUACAUGUCAUCUUAAGUAUAUUUAUUCCAUCUGCUAAUCUACUGGUAAUCAUUGUCGUCUGUCGGUUGAAGAAGAAGAGAUCAAGCGGAAAUUAUGUCUUCAUCCUCAACUUGGCAGCUGCUGAUCUACUUGUGGGUGUGAUGUGCAUUGGGGAUGCCUUGGAUGAUGCAACAGAUGCACUGUUUGAUACAAAUUUGGUUUUUUGUCUUAUAAGGAUCUGCAUGGGUAUUACUCCUUGUAUUGGCUCUAUUCUCACCUUACUCCUGGUUUCUCUGGACAAGUAUUUGGCAGUGAAACUGCCGCUUCAUUAUCCCUCCCUUAUGAGCAAGAAACGUGUAAUCCUUUCUCUUGUAGUCCUCUGGGUUAUCUCCUUUUUGGUAGGACACUUGCCACUUAUUUUUUCAGGAUUGCAGCAGAACAAAUUGAAAGGCAACUGUGGGCUCCUGUCUGCUGCCAAAAGUGAUUACCUCUACAUAAUAUGUUUUGGCAUUUUCAUUCCUGCAUUGUUGACCUUGGUGUAUUUGCAUAUCUCAGUAGGAAGGAUUGCCUAUCUACAGCAUAAGCAGAUCCAGCGCUCUUGCUUGCAUGCAGAUAUUCCCUCUGUUCAUGUCUGUUACUUCAAAGCUCUAAGGACUAUCAUUGUGAUUGUUUGCUUCAUUGUAUUUUGGGGCCCUUAUUAUGGGACUGCUAUUGUGAAAGCUACCUGUAAAUCCUGCAAUUUGAGCCCACUGUUGAGGGAUUUUUUAUUCCUUCUAGGAGAAACCAAUUCACUGAUAAACCCAUUUGUGUAUUCACUGUACCACAAGGAUGUAAGGACUGAGUUUGCUAGGCUGAUGAAAUGUAAGAGAAAAGGUCAACUAAAGCCAUGUAAGUCUAUUGAUUUAGCAGUGGCUAAUUCCAACUUUGGGAUAUGAAAUGAUUUAUAAAAUGGAAAUCUGAUCUAAUUACUGCCUCUUCUCCCUUAAACAGUUUCUCAGAUUAUAGAACAGUAUGUUGUUCAAUCUACAGUGCAGAAAACUAGAUAAGUACAGCUCUGAUUAAGAGAGGCUUUCCUCCUCCAUAAUUUGGUUAUUUGAAAAUAAUCAAAGAUAGGUAAACUAAUAAGUAAAUAUUGAUGUAGUUUACCUGAUGAAGUAUUUUGAGAAUGCAGUAGUAAAUCUAUUUGUUUUCAUGUGGAUCUUUUGGAAACUACUGAUAAUAGUCAUAAAUUGCAUAAUUGCUCCCAGUGUAUUUUUGAAUAUGGUUUAAAGGAUUGACAUCUAUGUUCAGUUUUUUUAAAAAUUAAAUCUGCAAACACCUGAAGUAGGUAUGUAUUUAAAUCCCUUUCUUUAAAAUGAGUUAAAAGCUCAAUAGUCAUUGAGAUUGUUUAAUUUCAGAACAGUUCCAACAAGUAUAAAUUCAAAUUACUUGAAUAUCUCUGGAUCUCACUUAAACCUUUAAUUUGUGAACUAGUCCAUGAGCAAAAAAAGUAGAUUUUCAGCCUUAACCACUCUUGGCAUAUGAAAAUCAAGACUUCUAUGAGAACUUUUCUGUAGUACUUUGUUUAGAAAACAUGUUGUAUUAAUUAAGUCACACACCGAUUAGCGCCUCUGAAAUGUAGCAUUAACUAUGUGAGACAAUUUAUCCAUUUCUGUGAUUGUGAAUUUUCUUCUAUAUGAGGUCCAUUUAUACUAUCUGGUUCUGCUUAUUUAGGUCUACUACUUCAGAAAACAUUUAGGACAAGUUUAUUACUUGAUAGGCAUAUUUUGGAGUGAACUUUUUCAUUGUUGUGUCCUUUGCUAUUUUAUGUUUUCAUUCAUAUAAUUUCCUUUUAUUAGUUAAUUUCCUAAGAAUUGCUUUUGAGCAGUUUUUAAGUAUAUAUAUAUAGAUGAUAAAAUAAACUAGGAUGAAAAAGAAAGAGCCUCUGCAAAUUACACUUAGAUAAAAUAUUGAACUUCGCAUACUAGUGUGUCCUACUCAAAAAUAAAUCACAUUGAUUUAAAUGAAGUUUACAUCUAGGGAAGCAUCCAUAGGAAUAUAAAGUAUUUAUUUUGAUGCAUAAUUUUACUUUUGUAGUGCUUUACUAAUAUAGAUUUCUUGGUAGAGUUGAUGAAAAGAAAUGGAAAAUGGAAAAUAAGUAACGGCCAUCCCAGCUUCCCUUUUAAUUAUAUGUCCUACCACUUUUGCUGCUGUUUUACCAUAUUACUCAAUUACAUUGUUUUAAUUCCUGUCUGCUCCUUGGAGGGUAUAAUUUAUUAUAAACAUCUGUUUCUAAUAGUCCAUUAACUCAUAAAAGGAAAAGGAGAGAUCAGAAGAUAAACAAGAAUUCACAUACCAUUUUUGUCUAAAAAUUGGUUUGUAAGACAAUGCCUUGAUUGAAUGACAGUAAUAGCAAUAGAAAGUGCUUCUAUAAAAUCAUCUAUAAAAUUGAGAAAUCAUCACUACAUAUACACAUAA